AUGCAGAUCAUCACUUCUGAAAAAUGGAAUAACCACACUGCCAUCACAGAAUUCAUCCUGCUGGGAUUUGGAGAAGCUCAUGAGUUCCAGAUUCUUCUUUUUCUGUUGUUUCUGGUGAUCUACAUUCUAACAAUGACAGGAAACAUCCUCAUUGUUAUCUUGGUGGUGUCCGAUCAGCACCUUCGCACUCCCAUGUACUACUUCUUAGGGAAUUUGUCUUUCUUGGAGGUCUGCUACAGCUCAACCAUUGUGCCUAAGAUGCUGGCAAGAUUCCUAACUGGGGACAAGUCCAUAUCUGCUUGGGGAUGCUUCAUGCAACUUUUUUCUUUUGGUUGCCUUGCCAGCGUUGAAUGCUAUCUCCUCUCAGUCAUGUCUUUUGAUAGGUAUGUUGCAAUAUGCAAACCACUUCACUAUGCAACUAUAAUGAAUGGCAAGGUUGUUCUGUACCUUCUAGUAGGUUGUUGGCUAUGUGCAGCAUCUAUUUCAGUUCUCACCGUAUCUAUGGUUUCACAACUAUCAUUUUGUGGCCCCAAGGAAAUUGACCAUUUCUUCUGUGAUUUCAGCCCACUACUCCAACUCUCCUGCAGUGACAUAAGCCAUAUCAAAUUAUUGCCUUUCAUAUUUGGACCAAUUGAUAUACUGCCUCCAUUCAUAUUGACAAUAACUUCUUAUGUUUGCAUAAUUACUGCCAUCUUAAGAAUUUCAUCCACCACUGGCAGACAAAAAGCUUUUGCCGCCUGUUCCUCUCACCUCAUUGUGGUCUCCAUUUUCUAUGGAACAUUAACGAUUGUGUAUAUCUUGCCAAACACCAGCACACUCAGAGAACUUAAAAAAGUGUUUUCUGUCCCAUAUACAGUUCUGACUCCUAUGGUUAAUCCCCUCAUUUACAGUCUGAGAAAUGAAGAAGUGAAAAAAUGUUUGAAAAGGAUUUUGCAUAGAUUUAUCUGUUUCAAUGAAAUUAAGAGAUUGAACCCUUUGUUAUUAAGAAGAGGAUGA